AUGCCGUCCGCCUUUCGCCGCAACAGAGGACAGUCCUACGAACUGCUCCCUCGCGCAUCAAUUGAGUCCGACCCUGAGCAAAAUGAAUUCAUAGCUGCCUUUCCACACAAGUUGCAAAAUACUAGACCGUCAUGGUUCGCUCCCUGGGCAUCACGCAUAGUGUAUACACUGUUCUGCGUACUGGGAUUCUUAGUCUCGCCAUUCGGUGUGAAGAGAAAGCUAUCGCGGACCUUGUAUUGUGUACUGUUUGGGACCCCGUACUUCUUUACUGCGCUUGUGCUUUUGACUGCUGUGUUUCGCCCAAGCUACACGCAUCCGCCACCGCAUUAUACCGAGCUACGAAGAAGAUGCACCGGGAGUCAGGAGCCUGGAAGAGGAAACCCUCAUAAUGAGAAGGUAUUCAUUGCCGCAAGCAUAUAUGAUCAUGAAGGAGAACUGCUUGGUGGGCUAUGGGGCAAAGCGAUGCUAGAAUUGGUGGAUAUUUUAGGACCACAAAAUGUGUAUCUGAGCAUCUACGAGAACGACGCAGACCCGAAUGCUUUAGAUGCGCUAAGCAAAUUCAAAGAAAUGGUCAAAUUCGACCAUACCAUACUCAAUGAACACCUUCCCCUCGAAGACAUUUCCCGCGUCACCCUCCCUAGCGGCGAAUCACGUAUAAAACGAAUCGCAUUCCUCGCCGAAGUCCGCAACCGUGCCCUUCGCCCCCUUGAGUCCAUUACUACUAGAUACGAUAAGCUUCUUUAUGUCAAUGACGUCGUCUUCGACCCUGUAGAUGCCGUCCAACUCCUUAUGUCCACGGGGCAGAACCCUGGGACUGGCCGCACGACAUACGCCGCAGCGUGCGCCGUCGACUUUAUAAAUGCCUUCAAAUUCUACGACCGUUUCGCAACUCGCGACCUCGAGGGAUACAGUAUGGGCAUUCCCUUCUACCCAUGGUUCGCAACCGCCGGGAACUCCGUCAGCCGAAAAGACGUCCUCGCACAGAGCGAUGCGGUGCGCGUGCGCGCCUGCUGGGGCGGCAUGACGGCCUUCGAAGCACGCUUCUUUCAGAAUGAUGUCCCUGCCAUCGACCCUACCUCUCCACCCACAUCCUCUCUCGAAUCGUCAAUUGAGGCACUCCCCAAUGCAGCAGAUGCACAGGCCGUCGCGACAAUUCCCCGCCCGGUCCGCUUCCGCUACGAGACGGACCCAUACUGGGACGCGAGCGAAUGCUGCCUUAUCCAUGCCGAUGUCACAUUCGCAGCACAGGGUCGAAACGCGACGCAUAACUCUGCCGGUGACUUGAGUAGUGGCAUCGUCAUGAACCCGUACAUUCGCGUCGCGUACGAUUCCACCACGCUGUCCUGGCUCGGCUUCACGCGCCGCUUCGAACGGCUGUACUCUGUCGUCCACGAUGUCGCGAACAGGUGGGUUGGAUUUCCGUAUCCGAAUCCACGGAGGCUGGAGCAGCCGGGAGACAAGAGUAAGGAGUGGGUCUGGAUGUAUGACGAUGGCGAGAAGGGUGAGAUGGGCAAGGGGGAGUUCAAGGAGGUUACGAGGAUGACGGAGCCUGGUCGCUUCUGUGGCGGGAGGAAGCUGUUGGUCAUUAAUGAAAAUCCAGGCGAGGGCGAGAAGAAUUGGGAAGAUAUACCCAUCCCAGGUCGCGAGGGAGCAUAA